AUUUAUGAUUGGGCAAUACAUCACUGUCCAUGGCGAUGUAAUUAGUCACGUCAAUAUUAGCCAUGUCAUGGUGGAGGAUGGUGGCGAAUACUCGUGCAUUGCAGAGAAUCGUGCGGGAAAGGUUCAGCAUGCGGCGCGCUUAAAUAUUUAUGGCCUUCCCUACAUACGCUUAAUACCGAAAGUCACUGCCGUGUCUGGUGAAACCCUAAACUUGAAGUGUCCUGUUGCUGGCUAUCCCAUAGAGGAGAUACACUGGGAGCGAAGCGGUCGCGAAUUGCCUGAUGAUAUCCGACAACGUGUUCAACCGGAUGGCUCAUUGACCAUCAAUCCGGUGCAGAAGAAUACCGACUCGGGCGUAUACACAUGCUGGGCACGCAACAAACAGGGGCAUAGUGCGCGUCGUAGUGGCGAAGUCACCGUUAUAGUCCCACCCAUAAUAGAACCGUUCGUGUUUCAAGAUGGCCUUGCCGAGGGUAUGCGCACGCGCACAGUAUGCGGUGUAUCGCGCGGUGAUCCGCCGCUAAAAUUGAUCUGGCUCAAGGAUGGCGAACCGUUGCCCGAAUUAUUGGGCGCCAAUGUCACAAUGCUCGAUCAAUAUUCAUCUUUGUUGAGCAUACCUUCGCUGUCGGCUUCGCAUACCGGCGAAUAUACGUGUGUGGCAAAAAAUCCGGCUGCGGAAAUCAAAUACACUGCCGUAUUGCAGGUCAAAGGUAUAGUAUGAGGGUGCUCUCCGCUUGAACAUAACAAACAGCAGCACUUUGAUUAUGCUUUUAUAAGAGAAAUAAGGAUUUUUUUUAACAAAAGUUUCACACAAAAUUAAGUAUUAUACAUUUCUACAGAUCCUUAGUAUAAAUAUUACGUGAUUCAAAUGUAUGUCCCUAGAAGCACAAACAAAUAAAAAUAAGGUUAAAUAUAUUAAAACAGGAUAUAAAAAAAUUCAUCAAAAAAGAUACCGAAAAAUAUUGUAUGUGCCCGUGAGUAAAUUCGUUUAAAAAUCACCACAUAUGUAUAUUUACACUAGUUUCAUCUGCCUGGAACCGGUCUUACUUUGGCGCAUACGCAGAAUACCUCCAAAUCCGUAAAAUACUAGCCUCCUUUUAUUUUCACGGAAAAGGAAGAAUGAACAGAGUACUCAAACGAUUUCUGCGCGUAGCCAAGAUAAACUUCUAUAAGAAGGCAAUUAAAUGCGGGUAGCCUUGGAGCCAACUUUUCAUGAAACACACAUCCAAAUAAAGCUAGACAAAGACCAGGGCCCGAUCUGGACUUGAAAAAAUUAAUGGACAGGACCCUAGCUGGCCAUUUUGAUGGGUUAAGUCAUUGCCUAAGCCUUUCUAUCUACAUAUUUAUAAGUGAGCCUGCCUGGUACAAAACGCUCGAGGAUGUACUAAGUGUACCUUCUCCACCAUUCUGAAGAUCGCGUUUUGUUAACUUUCUCCUUUUUUGAGGAUACAGCUGACCAAAAGGACAACAAAAUAACGUACAUUUGCCCAACGGUGAAUCACGACAAGAAACUAUAUACGUUUUCUAUAUAGCAUCGUCAUGCUCUUAGCUAAGGGAUUAUUAUCCUUUGGACUUUUUAAAAAAAUUCAGCAAUAAACCCCUUAUUUUUUUACCGUAUUUUUUUCAAUCAAAAAUCAUGGUUAAAU